AUGGAUAUUCGUCAACUCUUUGCCAGCCUUAGAAAAGAGGCUGAAUGCCCACUUUGCUUAGGAACGGUCAACAGUCCCAAGACUUUGCCUUGUCUUCACUCAUUCUGCCUCGAGUGUCUCGACAAACAUGCUGGCUUCGCAAGAAGACAGCUACAAGCGACAAUCAAAUGUCCGGUUUGUCAGACAUCUUUUCAAAUCCCUGAAGGAGACUCGUUCAAGAACUUGCCCACAUCUUAUCACCUUAACAGACUGGUGGAUGUUCUCGCAUUAAAAGGUGGCAGCGAACAAGCCCAGAAAUGCAGCAGUUGUGAUGAGAACAACAACGCAUCCUGUUUCUGUUUUGAGUGCCAAAAUUUUCUUUGCACUGCUUGUGUUAAAGCUCACCAACGUUUGAAAAGCAGCAGAGGUCAUCGCAGUGUUAUGAUUGAGAAAUUGCAAGCGAGAGAUGUGGAGGAAUUAAUCCACAGACCCGUCAUGUGUUCACAGCAAUACCACGAAAAUCAACCGCUGGAAUUUUAUUGCGAUGAAUGCAAAGUUCUCAUUUGCCACAAGUGCAGCGUAGUGAGCCAUAAUCAACACACCAUGACAGACAUUCAGAAAGCCUCGCAGUUACAGACGAUGCAGAUGGCGGAGGGUUUGAAGAAAGUUAAAGCGGAAACUGUUAUUUACGAGAACGAGACAAAGAAGCAAAACGUGUUGAUGGACAAAGCCAAAAACGAUGUUUUGUCAGCCAAAAAGAUGAUGGCAGACGUGGUGCAAGAAUGUAUUUGCAAUUUACGACAACACGAGAGGGCAAUGAAAGCCAAGUUUACUGAAAUAUGUGAAGCGCAACAAAAGCAUAAUAUUGCACGUCUAGAAAACUUUGAGGUCGCUCUUGCUCAAAUGAAAAGUUGCGUUGAACAAGGUAAAAAAAUCUUAGAAAGAAAUGUCAGCGCUGAAAUUCUGCAAACAAAUCAAAUCAUAGUCGAACGAUGUGAAGAACUUUUAAAUUCCAAAACACCUGAAAUUCAUGAGCCACCACUCGUGCGUUACAUACUUGAAAAUAAACUUAACAUUUUGGACUGCAUUGUGGUUAGUAACACAGAUCCUUCCCUAUCGUUAGUUAAAUUGGACAGUAACAUAGAAGUACUGGGAAACACAGAAGAAAAUUUUACCAUUGUAACCAGAGAUUCUCGUGGGUUGAAGUAUUAUCAGGAAGAUGAUCAAAUAAGAGUACACAUUUCAACGUCAGCAGGUGAUGAACUGGAAACGGAGAUAAAAGACACCAAAGACGGCAAGUACAGUAACAUACACUCCACAGUGUGUUGGACAACAUAG